AUGCUCGGCCACAGCCUCACCUCCACCUGGGCCAACGCCUUCGCCGGCCGCGCUCGGUCAUUUGGCGUCUGGGUUACCCUCGAGUCCCUCAUCGCUGGCGGCAUUUUCGCCAUGUACGGCCGCUCGACUAUGCAAGCUGCUCGGCUACGUGCCUCUGAGCGCAUCGCAAACUCUUCCCGGCAUUGA